UUCCCAGAUAGCAAUAGCAAACAAAUGUCAGCGUUUUGAAAAUUUUGUGGGAAGUGGAGGCGGUCUUCGCGAUAAUAACUUGGGGAACAGCUGCGCCACCGUCUCGACCGCGGCUCGUGCUUAGGGUUUCUUGUUGAAGGACUCUAUAUUUAUUAGCAUAUUAGAGCCAUGCCUACUUUUACAGCAAUAGCUUUGGAUAGGUUGUUAGAACCUGGAGCCUCUAAAUCUGUCGACAAGUCUGGUCCUACUAUGAAACCAUCUUUGCCCAAUUCAAACCUGGAGAGGAGGAAUAGUGCAUCAGUUACUGAAAGGAAGGUUAAUCGUCCCCAAAUUUCAUCACCUGCCCUCUAUGCCACUCCUGAGGCAACUCCACUACCUGAUUCACCGUCUUCUUUCCCUCCUUCACCUUACAUAAUCAAUCACAAGCGGCGUGGUCCUCGCCUUCUGAAGAGCUUUUCUGAAAACAAUGUGUCAACUCAGAAGAAAACGACUGAAGAAAGUGAGGUUAAUGGGAAGGCAGAGCUGACUGAAACCAAGUCUCUUGAUCUAUCAAAGGAUGAUUCUAUUAUUUUUAGCAUUCAUGAACCUCAUGAAGAGGAGCAUAAGAAUGGUGUCGAUAAUGGUCCUAUUAAAGUAGAGCAGGCAAAUAGUUUCCAUGCUGGCUCCAUUCAAGAUGAGCACAUGAAUGGUGUCCAUGAUGGUGAAUUUGGGAGCAGUAAUAAGACAGCUGGAAGCAUCCGAAUGAAUAAUGGUAUGGCCAGUGAUAUUGCCUUGUCGAAGGUUGUUCCACUGAACUUGAACAGAGGUGAUGAAAGUGAUGAGUUUUUUGAUUCAAAGGAAUCAAUGAGUGUCACAACUAAUACCGAUGGAGAUGAUGAUCCUGGGGCAGAAAGUGCUGCAAGGCUUGCUACAUCAGGGAUUGAGUUUUUUGAUGCUUGGGACGAUUUCUUAUUUCCUUCAGAAUUAUCCUCUGAGAGUGGAACACAAUCUAGUUAUCGUGAUACUGAAGCUGAAGUGCAUGAAAUAAGAUUGAGCUUACUCAUGGAAAUAGAAAAGAGGAAGCAGGCAGAAGAGGCUCUUAACAAGAUGCGAUGUAUGUGGAAAAGAAUGAGCCUAGAGUUGGCUGUUGUGGGAUUGUCGCUGCCUGCAGAUCCUAUUGAUGUGACUGACAAUGAACUGGUAAAUCAAGCUGAAGAACUGAGGCAGCAGGCAGAUAUUUCACGGUCUGUAUCAUUAUCUGUCGGAAGGGGCAUUGCAAAGGCAGAGAUUGAGUCGGAGAUGGAAGCUCAAAUUGACUCUAAGAACUUCGAAAUUGCUCGUUUAUGGGACAAACUACACUAUUAUGAGGCUGCGAAUCAAGAAAUGUCUCAGAGAAAUCAAGAGGCUAUAGAGAUGGCAAGGCGAGAGAGACAAAGGAAGAAAAGGAGGCAGAGAUGGGUAUGGGGUUCAAUUGCAACUGCAAUUACCCUUGGGACAGCAGCAUUGGCUUGGUCCUAUCUUCCAUCAGCUAAAGGAUCAUCUUCUGGUAGCAUUCCUCAAGCUUUAGAUCCUGCCGAUGAUGAAGCUAAGUGAGUAGUACAUUCACACUAGAGCUGCGAGAACCUGUCAUAGUGGCAAAGCGAAUAAGAUGCAUACAUUCUUUCCUGUGAAUGGCAGUCCAAACGGCCAUGAGCCUUCGGUGGAUGUGUAGAGCCUUAGGUGGAUGUGUAGUGCCCUCUAAUAAUUUGAGUACUACUAAUCGUUCCUUGGCAGUCUGUGAGUUGAUGAAUUAUGGAUUAUGUAUCGUUCUUUGUUAACCCAAUUUUGGCCGAGUAUGUGCGUAAUGCACAUAAAACCUUAUUGGAUUUGUUUUAAAGGUCUCGAAUAGAUUCAGACAGAUAUAAUUUGUGUGCAAGACAAUUCGGUGAUAAAGCACAGC